AACCUGCACAUCAUGCACCACGGUGGCAGUGAUCCGCGCUUGGGCGAAAGUGGUACCGAAGGUCGGCACAGUGACAGUGACGAUGUGAAAUGUCGGUCGUGGAGUAGUCAGUGGGUGCUGCACUUGACAGUGGUGGCACUGUUUUUGACCUCCUACGGAUACGACCCCUACCUGAGAGGCCAAGAGCUGCAGCAGACGGCCCUGGAAGAGGACGACGAUGGUGUACUGUUGAGCGUGCGGUCAGACUUCCAUGACCCGGAGGAGGAAGAUCCAUCGGAGGAAGCGAUCGAAAUUCAGUACCAUGCGCUGCUGUACGUUCCAAGGAUAUUGUCGGUGAUGCUGCUCACCGCAUGCCACAAAGCGAACGUAUCGAUCGAUCUGCUACAAAAGAUCGUACACUUUGGCCAUCCAGUAGUUGCACUGCUGUACACACUGUUGUACCUGCCGGAUUAUUUAUCGUACGAGCUACGAUACAUUGGCUGUUUGUCGGAGCUGUUUUGGUCAUCGAAACUGUCGCUGUACGCUUAUCAGCUUGCACUGUGCUCACCCACUGCCGAGCGGCUGUACUAUCUCAUUGCGGGAGCAUUGGCCUUGAGCCUCGGUUCGGCAACACACCCACUAGUGGCGGAACUGGGAGCAACCCAUCCAAUCGUGUCGCAGUACAUGCUUAAUCUGGCAGUCACACUGUUACAAUUGGGCAUCUACCAACCCAUAAUGAUCUGCGGUCCCUGUGUGUCUCGGGAGGAUUCUUCUAAUCCAGCACGACCGAAGAACUACGCUCGGUUGAAUCUCUUUAUGGUGGAAAUUCUCGUCGCAACCGUUGCACUGAACAGCGUAAUGCUGCAAUGGUUUUUGACCGAUAAUACCACACUUCUUCGCCCUUUUCUACCGUUUCUAAGUUCGGAUGAUCUAGUCGCCGUGUUUUGGCAGCUGUUUUACGUGGCAAUUGUCUUUUCAACGCUUGGUCUAUUGCUGAUCUACCUUCGCACGUCAGAUCUGAUGGUGGCCUGCUUUGGUGGGCAAUUGCUUGCCGGUGCACUAUACUUCUAUCUGGAGGAACCGAUCGCAGCUCGUUUUGGGUUGAUUAUGAACACAUGCUCGCUUGCCACAGCGCUCGAACAGCUGUACAUACUGUGUGGAAAUGGUGGCCGGACAGUGAGCACAUUGGGAUUAACCUUUACACUGAUCAAUCUUCAAACCUACGCUUUCUUUUGCCUCUUGUUAACCCUCUGGAGCUCACCGGAUAUUGUUAUUGUUGUGGUGCUAGCUUUCAACGGAUUUUUUGCACUCGUUUUAAUUGUUUUUAGAAAAUGGUUAAACUGUGAGCCGACACGGCAUGAUCCGGUGGAAAAAAUGUUUUCCACACAAAUAACUACCAUUACGUGACUUUUUUUGUCUAUUCAAUAAAUACAUUGUUUAUUAAUUCCACUU